UGUGCAUAUGGUGCUUACAAAUGGAAAACGAAACAAGUAAAACCUUCAGUGUUCCUUCUACAAUUAAGAGUUGUAGCUCAAGGCACAGCGUUAGGUUUCAUAACGCUGGGAAUGGCAUAUAAUAUGUACAAAGAUUUUAUACUAAACAAAAAGGAUUAACAUUCAUGAUAUUUUUAGUAUUACAAGUAAAUGAGUAGAAAACUUCAGUGUUGAAAUAUGUAAAGGAGAACUUAAAACAUGUUUAUUUUUUUACCAGAGAGUGUUUUAAUGUACAUAAUUAUGCUGUGUUAAAUAUCCCAAAUUCUAUAGAACA